ACAAACAUGGCGAUAGACUCGAGUGGACGGGGGCUUACUCUAACUUUAUUCGUGUUUUCUUGUGUUUUUGCGGGCAGGCAGGCCGAGGCGGCGGUUCCGGAGUCGAGAGGCGCCACUCGGAUACUCGGCAUGAGGCUGGAGAAGAGCGACACGCCGGCCGAGACCACCGAGAGAGGGGUUAUUCAGGUGACCGAGGGCAGCGACAUCCUCUUCAGGUUCUACGGGCUCCACUUGUUCCCAAACAGCUCGUCGCUCAUCAGGUUCACGGAACUGUACUCCAGCGAUAAAGAGGACGAUUCUCUCGGCGCUGUCACGGGCCCUUUUAACAGGACUUGUCCCGAACACACGAGGGAUAUAGUAGUGAAGGGGGCCAUGGAGGUAAGCAAUCACAACACCUCCGGGGUGGUCAGCCUCUGGAUCAAGCAGCUCCGCAAGAGCGAGGUGGUGAAGGUGUUCGGCUUGUGCGUCCGCGACACCCAGGACGAGGAGGAGAGGUGGUACCUGCUGGACGAUAAGGACGGCAGGCUGCGGGUGGUGGAGGAAAAGAAGUCCCUGCUGCCCAUCUGGUUGCAGGUGAUCCUCAUCUCCUUCCUGCUGGUGCUGUCCGGCAUGUUCAGCGGGCUCAACCUGGGGCUGAUGGCACUGGACCCGAUGGAGCUCCGCAUCGUGCAGAGCUGUGGCACCGAGAAGGAGAAGAAAUACGCGCGGAAGAUCGAGCCCAUCCGCAGGAAGGGCAACUACCUGCUGUGCUCGCUGCUCCUGGGCAACGUCCUGGUCAACACCACCCUCACCAUCCUUCUGGACGACCUCACCAACUCCGGGGUCGGCGCUGUGGUCGCCUCCACCAUCGGCAUCGUUAUUUUCGGCGAGAUCGUCCCCCAGGCGCUGUGCUCUCGGCACGGCCUGGCAGUCGGGGCUAACACCAUCAUGGUCACCAAGUUGUUCAUGCUGUUAACUUUCCCUCUGUCGUGGCCCAUCAGCAAGAUCCUCGACUGCGUCCUCGGCCAGGAGAUCGGCACGGUGUACAACCGGGAGAAGCUGGUUGAGAUGCUGAAAGUCACCGAGCCCUACAAUGACCUGGUGAAGGAGGAGCUCAACAUGAUCCAAGGCGCACUGGAGCUCAGGACCAAAACGGUGGAGGAUGUCAUGACGCCCCUCGGCAACUGUUUCAUGAUCCACAGCGAUGCCGUGUUGGACUUCAACACCAUGUCUGAGAUCAUGGAGAGCGGAUACACCAGGAUACCCGUGUAUGAAGACGAGCGGUCCAACAUCGUGGACAUCCUGUACGUCAAGGACCUGGCCUUCGUGGACCCGGACGACUGCACCACCCUGAAGACCAUCACCAAGUUCUACAACCAUCCGGUCCACUUCGUCUUCCACGACACCAAACUGGACUCCAUGCUGGAGGAGUUCAAGAAAGGAAAAUCCCACCUGGCCAUUGUGCAGAAGGUGAACAACGAGGGGGAGGGAGAUCCUUUCUACGAAGUGUUAGGGCUGGUCACCCUUGAAGACGUGAUCGAGGAGAUAAUUAAAUCAGAGAUUCUGGACGAAUCGGAUCUUUACACCGAUAACCGCACCAGGAAAAAGGUGGCGCCCAAUAAGAACAAGAGAGACUUCUCAGCCUUCAAGCAUGAGAGUGAAUCCAAAGUGAAGAUCUCUCCUCAGCUGCUGCUGGCGGCCCAUCGCUUCCUGGCUACAGAGGUGAGCCUGUUCAGCCCGUCUCAGAUCUCUGACAAGGUGCUGCUGCGAAUCCUGCGCCAUCCCGAUGUGAUCCAGGAGAUCAAGUUCAACGACAGUGACAAGCGCUCGCCCCAUCACUACGUCUACCAGAGGGGAAAGCCGGUCGACUACUUCGUUCUCAUCCUGCAGGGCCGAGUGGAAGUGGAGGCCGGUAACGAGAACAUGAAGUUUGAGACCGGACCUUUCUCUUACUACGGUGUCAUGGCGCUCAGUGCUCCCACACUGGUGGCUGCGCCUCGUCCUCGCCACCUCUCCUUUAAGAGGUUUUCUCUGUUCUCUCGGUUGCCAGAGUUUCGUUCGCCGUCACACCUCAGCGGGUUGAACCGGACGGCGUCUCUGAGCGGAGCGGACCGGGCCGACUCUCUCUCCGUCAGCGGCAGCAACAGCCAGCUCAACAACAGCAUCCCCCUGCAGCAGUACACACCCGACUUCUACGUCCGAGCCCUCACUGACCUGCAGUUUGUCAAGAUUACCCGGGCUCAGUACCAGAACGGCCUGAUGGCGUCUCGUCUGGACAGCACACCUCAGUCCCCCGAGAGCGGCCACAACACGGCCCGCCUGGACCAGACCACUCCCCCCGCCACCGCCAACACCACCAUCACGGACCUGGGUGCGGACUCCACCCCGACGGAGAACGGACCAGAUGAGACGACGCUUCUCCUCCUCAACGAGCAGAACUCACCGCACACAGCCAACCACCACAGCCAGCUUGAAAACAGCAUUUGACCCCCUCCAUACUCCUACGUUUGCACGCAUGCACUACUACGCUUGGAUGUAUGCUAUGGAGGGGAGGAGUGUGUGUGUGUGUGUGUGUGUGUGUGUGUGUGUGUGUGUGUGUGUGUGAAUGGGAAUGUAGACACAUGCCAGGCCCAAACAGACAAGCCAUGUGCAUGCAUAUUGUGUAAAUAUGCAAGAGUUAAACAAAACGCACAUCCACACAGACAUACCACAAACCCAAAACUCAUUUAGUUGAAUAACUCAUUGAAACCAAGGAAAACCUGUGUGUGUGUGUGUGUGUGUGUGUGUGUGUGUGUGUGUGUGUGUGUGUGUGUGUUCCUUAUGUAUUAACUGAUGACAAAGAUCUGAAGGACCUGCUUGUCUGGACCAGAAGGCUCCCCCCUCUCUCCGCCGUCAACGUAAUCGGUGUUCAGAGGCCUCGCAGAUUUUGCAAGUUUCUUCCUGUGUGUGUGUUUUUAAAUAUGUGUUUGUGUGUGUGUGUGUGUGUCCCUAACCAGAGACUCAGGGAGACUCCCCCCUCCCCCUCUCCUCCCUCUCCUCCCUCUCUACUCCACCCCCGUACAUACAUGCAAACCAGACCCGCCACUGCAUGUGUAGCAACCCGCAUCCCCUCCACACCAUCCAUACAGCUAGAAGACAAAGAAGAUCCGAGCAUGUCAGCGGAGUUCAAACAAAGUCCUAUAUGUUCUAUAGAAAUUUAUAGUGAGAUAUUUAUUGAUAAAUUCUGACUCCUACUGACUCCUUUUUUGUGGGGGUGGGAGGGUUUGGGGUGGAUCUAUAUAUAUAUAUCUCUCUCCCCUUCUUGUUUCCUGGAUAGAAGCAGUAAGUAGCCCAGAGCCUUUAUCACAGAGUUGUUAAGAGAUUCAGCGCCGAUAGACAGUCAGUCUGUAUUGUGAUUAAGACAAUCAAUAUGAAUACGAUGAAUGUGUUAAAUUAAAUGUGUAGGGUACGUUAACUGUGGCAGCCUGGCUCUCAAACAGCCCCCUUCUUCCCCUGUGCCUCGACGACAGACCUGACGACAAGAUGUGACGGGCACUUUCAGACGAAUCAGUCGAGUAGGAAUCAGUUUUUCACAGAGGUGAAGAUGUUUGAGAGCACAGAGACUUCAGCUCGAGUCCUUUCCUACUUCAUAAGAGAGGGUGGCUUGUCUGUGUGCGUGUGUGCGUGUUUGUGUGUUUGUGUGUGUGUGAGUAUGUGACCAAAAAUGGCCAUCACCAGACUUGGUGGGAACAGAAAUCAAAAGAGGGAAGCUUGAUCACCUCCUGAAUAGAAAAUACUAUAAGAAAUCUGAGACUUUAUUUAUUUAGUUUAAUGUGCGUGUAUAUAUUUUUGUCAAUGAGGGGGGGGGGGGGGGGGGGGCAAGAAAUCUGAUUUUUAUUUUGCCUCAUUGUGAGAUUUUAUGUGUUAAAUGUUCUUCUGCAUUCAGUGGUUAUGUUUGGGUUUCCUUUUUUUUUUUUUUUUUUUUUUAAAUCAGAUCCGGGUGGAAAGGGGUGACUCUUAAACAUUUAUUAUUGUUUGUAUUGUUUUGUAUUUCUGUAGCCAAACACACCGUUCGACCCUGGCAUCAAGCAAAGUUUGUCACUUUCAGCAGAAACAAUGUUGUGGAUUUUAGUCAUCGCUAAGCUUGUUUUACAGAGAACUGCACACACUCCAGUUAUAUUUUACUUAAAAUUCUGCAGAGACUCAGAAACGGUUUCUACUUUGAUUUCCAGCAGAGCCGAUGAUUCAUAAAUUCAUUAUGAAUGAUGAUUCAUAAAUAUUUUUAGUGACAUAAAGUAAAUCAAAUAUCAGGCAAGACAUCUAUGGUAGAGAUUACUUUCUACACUACUACAUAUACCAGAAUACAAUCACACAAAUUUGUAGUCUUACUUUUUUCUUUGCUGCUCUGCUGUGAGCAUUGCCACAUGUUUUUUUUUUUGUCCCCAAUUAAAACACAUAAAUCACAGGUGAAUCCAGAGAGCCCCCAUGUGCUCUCUAAAUGUUGUGAGAGGGGAUUCUGGGAAACGUAGGACAUCGGGAAAAGAAGUAGGCAACACGUAACUGGGUACACCCAAAACAGUUGAAUUAAAACAUGCAUGGUGUAAAGGUGGAUGUUUUUUUAAUUUAAUGUUGCUGCUUUUUUUUUUUUUUUUUUUUUUUUUUUUUUGAGAUCAACUUCAUCAAAUUCUCAAUCAACACGCAUCACAAGUCCUAAUCACUUAAUUCCACUUGUCGAUGAACCAACACUGUGAAAUGUUGUGGGUGAAACUACUGAAACGCUGUUUUUGGUUGUACUAAAGUCUCUGGUCAGCUUGUUGUUUGUCCCCUCCCCUCUUCUGCAGCAUAUAUUAUUCAUUCUUCAACCAAAACAGCACUCCUCUUGUCCUAAAACAGGAGUGAUGAAGCACUUCUGCUUAUCACAGCAUGACGAGGAUGAUUUCCAUUUUAGUUGUUGAAUUCAUUGGAAUAACUAAUUUUGGCGUUUGAAUCAUCUCGUUUCUUGGCUUUUUACUCUUGGGAAAGAUUCAGUGUCAUUAGGGUUUUGGAAAAGAAAGUGAAAAUGAACCUACUGUACUUUUUGGUCAGUAAAUUUCCAGACUAAUCUGGUGGUGCAACACAUGAAGAAAUUUUUUUUCAAGUUUUCAAAACCAACUCACAUGAAUUUUAUCCAAAGAUAGAUUUUUUUACCUGUCACAUUAGCACGUGAACAGCGUUCGAAGAAGGUAGUUGGUGUCCGUGGGUAGUUGAUUUAUUUUUGCAGAAACACAUAGAAAUCUUUCACUGUAUCUGUAUGUCAUGCGUUUGAUUAUGAGACAAAUUUCUGCCAAAGAUGCGAGUGGUGAUUAUCUAAAGAAUAGUUAGACAUGUUGCGCUAUGGGUUGAUGCACCACGGGUCUGAGCUGUGCCGGUGUUUCCUCUUUUCAAUGGUAUGCCAAUAAUUUAUCUACAAGUUGCAAUUAUCUGAGCUGAGCUUGAUGCUUUGUCAGUUUGUCCUUUACAUCCAGCUCAUUCGAGUCACGGUCAGUUUAUUUAACCUAAAGGUUAAAGGCCGUUAUGGAAACCGUGAGUUUCUGAGCUUGUUUUGCUCCGCGGUGUAACACAGUGUGCCUCACACUGCCUUAAAAACACUUCAGUUUGAGUCUAGUGUCCAGUUUACCUGAUCCUUUGUUACACGGUGGUACAAUUCCUUUUUUUUUCCUUUUUUUUUUUUUUUUUAACUGGAAAACGUUCAUAAUUACACUAAUUAUAUUUGGAUGUGGAGUUUCACGACACUAAAAUCACAGCAGCCUGGAAUUUCAGUAAAACUAUUGGCUGAGUUAAACGUCAGUGGGCAAAGACGUGGACAAAGUGAGCGACUAGCAAAGAGGAAAAUCUGCCCCUUUUGGAGAUUUUCAUGGUUGUUAUUGAGGUUACAAGUUCAGGAUUUUACAACCUAAUAGUGUUUCUUUCAGGGUGGAUAUUUAGAGAAGUGUGAAAUGUGCGGUUCAUGGAGAAAUAAAACAAAAGUCCUCACAGACUGCUACUGCUGACCUGAUAUUUGGAGCUCAGGAAACCAGCUUACCCACAAAAACGUUACUAAAGUCAGUUUGAAUUUCUCUAAAAGGAGGUGAGGAUGUCUUUCAGUUUGAAAUCUAGCAACAUUUUUCUGGGAUUUAAUGUCCAUAUUCACACGUCUAUGAGUUAAAUGAGUGUCCAUGAAACUUCAGCAGCAUGUUAAUCCCUGAUCGCAUUUAUGACCUCAAUACUCCGUAUGUUGCUCCAUCAUUUGGUCACAUCCCAAUGCAAAACAUAUUCUUUCGUUGUGAGUGAGCAGCAGGUCCAGUUAAAUCGAGUAAUUCUGCUAAAUUUUGGCUUUAAAUGUUAGUUUCACUUUGGGGAAACAUUGCAUAAUUUUGCAAUAAACUCUGGACAUUUGUGAGCUUAUGAAAACACCUUUAAAUAUACAAGCUGCUGCUGCUAAUAAAAAAAGUAAAAGUUUUCACUUUUCUUCUCAGGUUUGACAAUCAUUGAGAAACAUAUAGAAUGCCAAGGCCACAAAUGGGGCUCGCACUGGACAGCAUGGUUUUAAUAUUAUAUCACUAAAAUCCCAGAGAGUAAAAGCUUGUGAUAAGUGAUGAAAACAGCUUUAUUCCGAAAGGUACGUGAUCUCCGCCCACUGAUGUUUAACGCUUCUGCAUACAAUGCUCUCUGUUUUGGGAGUUCCAAAAAUUAAAACAGCCCUGACUCUUCUGUGAUUGAAAAUAUAAGCACUUUAGUAAGGACGGCAAUAUUUUCCCAAAGGCCACAAAUUUGCCAAAGUUGCUGGCUGCGUAGCUCUGUCACAAUACUGUUACUGACCAGGAUUUUGUAAUCACUUACUCACCGACUUCUUAACAUGACAUUGCAUUUAUUUAAUUCCACUAUCACGUCUGUACGGAAACAAAGAAGCUUAAGGAACUCGUUGACUCUUCUGUUGCCUUCACCUUCAUCUUUUAAUGACUGUACUGGAUAUUUUUCUGUGUUCAUUCCUGAAUUAUUUUUGACAAACACACACGCACACACACUCCCAUUUCAACGGACUUUUUCAACUGAGUUUUUGUUCAUUUUGUUGAUUUUUAUGUCUGAGAUUGUUGUUAAAAUAUGUUGUUUUUGUUUAUGCCUGUGUACAGGUUGGAGUACCCCCCCAUCUGCUUUAAAUUGUACUGGGUUUGGGUUCUUUAUAUGUGUGUGUAAAUGUGUGUGUGAGUACUUGUGAAUCAAGUCUGUUUUUUUUUUUUUUUUUGUACCUCAGAGACACUGUUAGUAAUUGUGGUAAACAACAAUCUGUUUUUGUAUUUGUCAUGAAUUUAAUUUGGGAACAGAGCGAAUGGAGCGACUGGCUUUCGGGGGGAAAAUUAACUGAUUGUCCUUCAUUCUCUCUGGCAUGCUUUAACUUUUAAAAACAACAGAGAAACAAGGUGUAAAUACUGUUUUAUAAUUUCCGUCUUAAUGAGUUUUGAAGAUGAAGAAAGUUAUUAAUAAACCUGAGAUAUAUUUCUCUAUG